AGAGGGACCAUAUGAAAAACAACCACCAUUCUCAUUUAUGAACAGUUGGAACACUAGUGCAUGCUUGUGGGCACAGUGCACAUGAUGAUUUGAGUAGUUAGCUGAUUGGAUAAAGUAACAAAACAAUUAUUUCAACUUCUCCUCCUCUUCCGCCUCGUGGAAUUCGCCUACCACCACACCCUCCACCAAACACCAACCAACCAAACCCUCUCUCUCUCUCUCUCUCUCACAAGACACAACCUUGCUGUUGUUUGAUCAUCUUUGAAUUGUUGAAAUGGCAAGAAAGAAGAUAAGAGAGUAUGAUUCCAAGAGACUCCUGAAAGAGCACUUGAAACGUCUCUCUGGUAUUGAUCUCCUGAUCCGCUCUGCUCAGGUGACAGAAGGUACAGAUUUCACGGAGUUGACGAACCAGGAGCCAUGGAUUUCAUCUACAAAAUUGGUUGUGAAGCCCGACAUGCUAUUCGGAAAGCGUGGGAAGAGUGGUUUGGUAGCUUUGAAUUUAGAUCUAGCUCAAGUUGCUGACUUUGUGAAGGCACGCCUUGGCGUUGAGGUUGAGAUGGGUGGCUGUAAGGCACCAAUAACUACCUUUAUAGUCGAACCAUUUGUUCCACAUGACCAAGAGUUUUACUUUUCAAUUGUCUCUGAAAGACUCGGCUGCACCAUUAGCUUCUCAGAAUGUGGAGGUAUUGAAAUUGAGGAGAACUGGGAUAAGGUUAAGACCAUAUUCCUCCCUACUGAAAAGCCAAUGACACUGGAAGCAUGUGCUCCUUUGAUUGCUACACUUCCUCUGGAGAUUCGAGGAAAAAUUGUUGAUUUCAUCAUCUGUGUCUUUUCUGUGUUUCAAGAUCUGGACUUCAGUUUUCUAGAGAUGAAUCCAUUUACACUGGUGAAUGGGGAGCCAUAUCCACUGGAUAUGAGAGGAGAGUUGGACGACACUGCUGCUUUUAAGAACUUCAAGAAGUGGGGUAACAUAGAGUUUCCUCUGCCUUUUGGAAGAGUUCUGAGUUCUACUGAAAGCUUCAUCCACUCACUGGAUGAAAAGACAAGUGCAUCUUUGAAAUUCACUGUUUUGAACCAAAAAGGAAGAAUCUGGACGAUGGUAGCUGGAGGUGGUGCCAGUGUCAUAUAUGCCGAUACUGUUGGAGAUUUGGGCUAUGCAUCAGAGCUUGGAAACUAUGCAGAGUAUAGUGGAGCUCCAAACGAGGAGGAGGUCUUGCAAUAUGCAAGAGUUGUCAUUGAUUGUGCAACUGCUGAUCCUGAUGGUCGCAAAAGAGCCCUUCUCAUUGGAGGAGGCAUUGCUAACUUCACUGAUGUUGCUGCUACUUUCAACGGUAUCAUACGAGCAUUGAGGGAGAAGGAAUCCAAGUUAAAGGCAGCAAGAAUGCACCUCUAUGUCCGAAGAGGCGGUCCAAACUAUCAGACUGGUUUGGCCAAGAUGCGCACUCUGGGAGAGGAAGUGGGAGUACCUCUUGAGGUUUAUGGACCCGAGGCCACAAUGACAAGCAUCUGCAAGCAAGCCAUUGAUUGCAUCAUGUCUACGGCAUAGUCUCACAACUGGUUUUUCUCCUUUGUCAGCGUGAAUCAAGAAAAUGUGUGUGGCAAGGUGUGCUGAGAAAAUAAUUUAGUGUAGAAGGCGCAAGCUGGAUUAUUGCAGACUUAGCAUCAAUUUUUCCCUUAUGAUAAAUAAUCUUGAAUCAAUGUUUUGAAAUAUGCAUGACACGAUUUAAACUCUGUAUAAUUGCAUAUUAUCAAUUUAUUGUUGGAGCAAGUCACUUUUGUUAUUUUCCUAUGAAAUUCCCAAGCCACAUCUCUUCAUGCUUUCAAAUCUUAUAUUUAUUGAAUUUAUUCUCAUUCUUCUCCGAUAAAUUGUCGCAUCAUAGCAUAGCAGAGUCUUGCCUGCUUUCUGUUGGUUCUCAACCCAAUGGCUCAUGAGAAUAGAAAGUGGCUUUCCAAGUCUAAUUUAUGUUUGCCGACAGACACUGGUACAUGAGGGUCGAACGUGCUUGUAUGUUGAUUCAUAUGGGCUGGAUUUGUUUAAGGAAAAAAUAUGUUUGAAGGGUUCUGGGAGAGUAAGGGAAUGUAAAGGUGAUCUUAUAAUAGGUCCUAGACUCGAAGUUCACCAGGGAGACCGAGAAAAGUUCUUGCACUACCACCAAACUCUCUCUCCCAGUUUUCUAGCAACAAAUACCACCAACCCCAUUUUCGUCUGGCCAGUUCAGUUUCCUGUCAUGGCUACAAUAUAACUUGUUCCUCCUUCCCCUCUCUGUCAAAGCGGGUAGCAGCUGGCAAAUGAUCAUGGCAAGGGAGUGGUAAUGGCAGUGCAGUUCGUUUCCGAUGGACUUUCCCUCCAACAAAGAUCCAUACCAACCUAAUAUUUUACAGUUCAUGUCACAAAUUUACGAGCUGCCUUCCUUGCAGUGAAAUCCUUUUGUAGAAAUGUAUUAGUAGUGAGUAAAUGCGAACCAUGGAGUAGGAAAAUGGAAGGUUGCAUUAACGACAGAAAAACAGAGGUCUUGCAUUUGAAGGGCCUUUAUAGCUUCUAGUUUUUGUUAGGUAAGGCCCGCAUAAAUUCAAAGACUAAUGCCUUCACUUCAGGCUUAAAUUUACAGUUCAUAACUUUGUAGGCAGCUCAAGUCUUUGAGAAAUGGAAGAAUCUCGAUACUCAGAGGACCACGUUGCCCUUAAGUGUAGGCUGUCGUAACUUCCAACACAAGAUGCUUUAAUGCUUUAAUGUUACAGACCAGAAAGCUCCCAUUUGCAGCGGUUGGUUAGUAAUUAAUUAGUAUUUAAGGAUUGUGAACUAUGAUUCUUGAGAAUUAGGAAUAGAAGACAAGCUUCAAUAAUGUUCAGAAAAAGUGAAGGUUAUUGAAGUAUUUUUACAUGAUUUGAGCUGGUGAAUGGAUGAUGGAGUAAUUUUUUUGACAGUGAUGGACCCAAGACUUCAAUUUUGUAUCUACAUAUGUAGUAACUAUCAUAUCCAACUAUUUUCCAUGUUUACUACUAUUUGUAAAAGAGUUGGUCAUACACUUGCUUAAAUUAGAAACCUCGGGUACUAUAAGAUGGGUGGGGAUGGCUAGGGUUCUUUACAUUGCAAGUAAGAGAGAAAAGUAGAGAGUGUCUAUGCCAAGUGUUGAGAGAAGUGCUAAGAUGGAGAGAACUCAAAAGAUGCUUCUGAUCCUUGCCAUUUUCAUGUUGGUUCUUGCCUCAAAUGUUGGAGCAGGAAGGAAACUGAAGGACACCAAGGAGAAAGUUGACCACCCUCAGAACUAUCUAGGGGGCUUCGGUACCAGUGGUGGUUUUAUCCCAACUCCUAAUGGCCCAGUCUUUGCAUUUGGGCCAUCAGGGUUUUGCUCUUACCCUGGGGUUGGUUGUGUCAGGAUCCCAGGUACUGGUGUCAUUGGCUCACCACCAUGAACAAGAGGCCUGACCUAGUUUUGUCUGGUGGUCUGGUUUGAGGCUGUCAUUCAGGGGUUCGAACCUGAUUUAGCUGUGGAAGUUUCAAUAAGUUUGUUUCUCAGUUGAUGUCUUGUUCUUUUGUUUGGUCUUGUGUGAUUGUUUUGAAGAUUAUGGCUCUUCAUGCAUUAGCAUCUACGUUUCAGGUUUGCGAGUCUAUGUUUCUGGUCUAUCAUUAGCUAGUUGCUCUAUGAAGAGCUUGCCUUUCAAACUAGUCAGUACUAUGUAAACAAGUCCUAUCAAUAGAUGAUCCAUGUUAAAGUUA